GAAGAAUCAAAAUAAAAACGUGGUUUCUGUUUGUGUUUAGUUCUUUUGCUAUUUUUGAAUUAAUAUUUGGUAUUGAAACAUGGGAAAAACGAGUGAAGUAGAAGCAGAAACUACCAUAAAGGAAGAACCUAUAGAUGAACUAUCACACGAGGAGAAAGUAGCUAAUUGCAAUCAAAUUAGUAAACCAAUGGCUUCAAAGAAGCUAGCUAAGAAGUGCUACAAAUUAAUCAAAAAAGCUGUUAAACAAAAAUCGUACACGAGAUGCGGUUUAAAGGAUGUUCAAAAACGUCUACGAAAGGGCGAAACCGGCAUUGUUGUAUUCGCUGGUGAUAUUUGGCCAAUAGACAUUAUGUGCCACUUACCUGUGGUAUGUGAAGAUAGAGAUAUUCCUUACGUAUAUGUUCCAAGCCGCAAGGAUUUGGGCGGUGCUCUGGGCGUUAAACGAGGAUGCUUGACCGUCUUGAUAAGACCUCACAACGAGUACAAAGAAUACUACGAUGAUCUUCACGAAGAAAUCAAACAUUUAGCUGUUCCGUUGUAGAUAUAAGUUUAUGUUAUAGUUUUUUUUUUAAAUAAGGAUACAUGAUUGAGUUACAUAAAGUUUUUUAGCUAUUCUAAUUUUU